GGUACAAAAUAUUGUUUCCUUGCUAAAACAAAAAUUUUUUUAAACACGUAAAACAUUUUGAUAUGUUGUAAUUGUAAAAACUCGUUUUUGGAUCCAAAAAAUAAAUAAUAGAUUUUCCAAAUUCGUGAAUAAUCCGUCUAAUAGCAACAAGGUUUAAUUUUUUGUAAAACACAAUAGUUUUACAAUGCAGAAACACAUGAUAUUUGAUACUAUAAUUUCCGCUGACUCCGCCGCACUUAUCUUUAACUUUAGCUCUUGAUUUCAAAAAGCUAACCAUCCUUAAAUCGUAUUUGGCAUCUUAAAAUAAAUAACUUAAUUAUUUACAAUCUAAUUCAUGUACUCACUGCGAAAAGCCUUGGCGCACUGCAAUCUUUCGCCUUCUUGAAGCUCGAAAAUGAAUACAGGCAUCCCCAGCGAGAAAUAUGUUCGAUGGAUUGGAUUGGAUUGCUUACCGUAUCUGUAAAACUGUCACUACCAAGUGACACCAAGGGACACUGCCAGUGCUACUUGUGUGACAAAUAUCAACGAUGCGGUUUUCCUUUGACCCUCACACGCACUCUGAGCAACCCCUUAAGGGCAACAGAUGCUUCUUCAAUUGCCAAUGUCUAUGCUGUCGCCAGGGAUGCUGUAUCGUCGUUGUAAAGUGCUGCUGCUGCUUUAGCUUCAACUGCUGCAACAGCUGUGGCUACCGAAAAUCAUUUCCCCAUCCGGCUCUAGCACGCAGCAAAGUCUCUGACUCCGAAGUUUUAAGCGGAUCAAAGCUACUGGGAGCCAUUUUGGUGCUUGUACGCUGGACAACUGCAUUAGCAACGCUUCUGACAAGCUGUAUUCUUCUCGAUAUUUUCUCGCUGCUCAACCAGUCUGGUGUUUCGGAUGGAAAUCGCACGAAUGACAGAUCGGUGCAAGUAUCCGUAUCUGCGACGCCAACCGAAACUUCCAACAACAGUUCGGAAGUAAAACUAAAGUUAUUUUAUGGGUACGAGUCUUUCCACAUAAGCAACGAUCAGCAGGUGAAAUCAAACGAUCUCGACAAAAUGUUUUGCAAAAGUCGUAAUCGCAAACGUCAGCGAAGAAGACGCCGUCGACGAAGGCGGAGACGGCGCCGGCACAGUAACUCAGUUAGCAACACGCGGCAAAAAAUCCAUCGAAAGCCAGAUAAAUACCGACGAACUGGUCAACUGGCACCAAAUAAAGACAGCUUAUUUCGACAGCAACUAAGCCUCAGCAUUGGGACAUGCCAAUCGUUAGAGACGAACUAUGGAUUAAGUUACGCCAUGGUGGCAGAAGAAAAACUUCUGAGUCAAUCAGAAAGAAGCGUUAUAAUGUCGCCUUUAAGGGAUUUAACGUCGCCUUGGCUAUCGACACAAAAUUCAAUGCGUAACUGCUUGAAGAUCAAACGCAACAGGACCAAUCUUAUUUGGCUUCUUAUAGGACUUGUUUGGUUUGAAGUAAAACUCAUAAACUGCAAUGGAAUAAGCAGCAGCAAUUACUAUGCUUCAAAUUUGGAUACUCAUAAGGGAUGCACUUUGUGCGACGAAGGAGGCAAACUUAGCUUUUACAACGACAAAGAUAACCCACACACAGACUACAACAUCUACAACAAAUACCAUACCAACAAUUACUUCAACAACAAAAACAGUGAACUUCACAAUCACAUUGAGUCCAGCGACAAGAUUCGUUUGGAGUCGAUAAAACGGCAAAUUUUAACGAAACUUGGUCUUAGCCAGAAGCCAAAUGUUUCACACCCACUAUCUAAGCAAUUUAUUUGGGAGACAAUAUAUCGCGCAGAUGGUGGUCAAAUGAUGAUCAACAAUGCAUUUGAGAGUAAUUCCAGACCACGGACGUUAGCUCUACCCGGAAUGCACAUGUUUAACCGUCAUCGCGAAAGCAUCUCCAGUAGUGAUCAAGAUCGCAAUCAUUAUCAAUAUCGAUCCCAGCUUGAUUAUACAUUCAACACAACUAAGAGCUUUGUGUAUGAAAAAGUUUUUAAAAGCCGUCCUGCGGACGAAAAAAAAACACAAAUUCAGCAGGACGACUUGAAAAAUGACUACCUAAAAGAAUGGCCAAGGAAAGGUGAAUUGAAAAGUAUCUCUCGUUUUGCGUCGAAGUAUACAACUCAAGUUCAAGACCAGCCCCAGAGUUUGACCAAAAUGCAGAAAAAUGGAUACCAUAAUGAAAAGAGCAGAAAACAGCAGCAAAUGGUUGCAAAUGCGUUUAAAAAAUCGACAUAUCUGAUAGAUAUAAAUCGUAGUAGUGAUAGUAGCGCCCAAAAUGGCAUAAAUGGUGAAAUACGGCGCAACGCUCAUAAUUAUAUUUAUGAUUACAGUGCUCCGACUCCAGAUAACAGUCAGUACCAUGGAAGUAGCUCAAACCUUGGUUAUCAGCCAGUCCUAGCGAAUGUAGAGGACGAUAAACAAAAGCUGCCUUAUGAAUCGGUUGUUUAUGACCAGGAAAAUAUUGAUCACGAAGAUUUUUUUGGCAAUACUCAGGAAAUAAUUACAUUUGCAGAAGAAGGAACACAAUUUCGACAAUACCGAAUACUUGAAUUUUCGCCCCAAAACCGCCGAGUUCCUAACCAAAAACUAUCCAUACGGAGCGCGCAGAUUCACUUGCGGAUAGAUAAGCCACACAGCUUAUGGAUGGAAAAAGCGAACAAAUUAGAGGAAGAUCACUUGCUCAAUACCAAACGGAAAUGGCGGGCCAAUAAGCCUCAUCAUAGGAUAAAAGUGUGGGUAUUUCAAUUAUCAACUGCAAUAAAUAUUACGGAGAAGGGAAUAGACAAGGCAAUCAUGUUCCGGGCUUCCUUCGAAGUGAACACCAAACGCUUAGGAUGGCAAAAAUUUGAUUUAACCGAAACAAUUCGUAACUGGUACGGCCAUAGUAGCAAUGAGAAGCUACGACUAUUGAUUGACUGCACUGGAUGCGGUGGUCGCUACUCAUUGCACCUAUUUCAAACUGCGAGACUAAGAGAUAACACAUCAGAAAUAAAUUCGAAUCCGAAUCGACCAUUUCUCGUACUUUAUACGGAUUCGUCGAGAACAAAACGUGUGAGGAGGCGAGCUGUGGAUUGUGGCGGUGCUCAGAGUGGACAAUGCUGCAAGGAGUCUUUCUAUGUAUCCUUCAAAGCACUCGGUUGGGAUGACUGGAUUAUUGCGCCCAGGGGAUACUUUGCCAACUAUUGUAGGGGCGAUUGCACAGGAUCGUUUAGGACACCAGAUACAUUUCAAACAUUUCAUGCUCAUUUUAUAGAAGAGUAUCGAAAAAUGGGCCUUUUGAAUGGCAUGCGACCGUGUUGCGCCCCAAUAAAAUUCUCCAGUAUGUCUUUAAUAUACUACGGAGAUGAUGGAAUCAUUAAAAGGGACUUGCCAAAAAUGGUUGUCGAUGAGUGCGGUUGCCCUUAGCCUUGCUCAAUAUCUGCCUUUACAUUUUAUAUUUUCCGUCCGGUAGGCUUAAUGUCCUCCGUCAUCUUGAAUCCCAGUACGAGAAUUUAAUUAAAAGUAUAAUGAUACAUUAAAUUUUAUUAAAUCAAAAUGAUAAUGAUAAUGAUGUGUUAUGGACAUAGAUUAGACUCAUUUGUAUGGUAUUUUUAAAUAGGCUGUUGACAAUAUUUGUAUAUUUACGAAAAAGCCCGAAAUUAUAAAAGUGCCUAAAUUAAAUGAACAUGUAUAACUUAAAGAAUGACGAAACAAACUAUCACUAAUAUAUCUUAAAAUAUGAUAAAUUCCGCUUUUAUUGUAGUGCACUUACAUAACAACAAAGAACAUAUUUCAAAAUCGUAAUUUGCUUUUCAAAAUAGUACAUUUUCAAACAUUUAAAAUACAUUUGUCUAUUAAGUAAAUGUAAGGAAUUAAAUAUAGAAUUAACUCAAAAAUGUAGAUUUUUUGUAUAUCUUGAGUUUUAAACUAAAGUUUCAAAAUGUAAUGGGAAUACUCGAAGAAAAAUGGAAUUAGCAGAAAAAAUUGCUUUUAGCUGGAUUAAACUAACAUUUUUUACACAAUUUUUAUUGAAAGUUAAAAAGUGUCAGUAAAAUUAUAGAAACGAAAUAGAAAAAUUGUCAUAUUAUGUCUUCGAUGUCGGUAAGCCUUAACGCAUUUUGUUCGUUAUAUAUCAAUUCGUUUCGAUAAUAAAUAUUAAAAA